GGUGUUCUCACAACUUCUCAAAGUAACACUAGAACAACAAACUAGUAUAAGCUUAGCUAUAGUAGUAUGGGUUGUGUCUGUAAUUUCAGUUAGAUAAGGUGUAAGGUGUUUUACUUAGUAACAUGACAACCAUGGUUGAAGCUUUAGGAAUGUUUAUGUUCACCAACACUACCACUCUUAUUCCUGCUUUUAACCAAACAAUACACAAAACAACACAUCUUGGUCUCUCACGUAGAAACCAUGCUCAUUUUACACUCUCUGCAACCUCAUCAUUGAUUGAAACUAUUCCUUGGGGAUGUGAGAAUGAUUCAAUUGAAAAUUCAUCUUCUCUUCAGAAAUGGUUGUCUCAGUCUGGUCUUCCUUCUCAGAAGAUGUCCAUUGAUAAAGUUGAUGUAGGUGAGAGAGGUCUUGUUGCUUUGAACAAUAUUAGGAAAGGAGAGAAGCUUCUCUUUGUUCCUCCUCAACUUGUCAUCACUCCUGAUUCUGAGUGGAGCUGCCCGGAAGCUGGUGAAGUAUUGAAAAAGAAUUCAGUGCCGGAUUGGCCAUUGCUUGCAACUUACCUUAUAAGUGAAGCUAGUCUCAUGAAAUCUUCAAGAUGGUUCAGUUAUAUAUCAGCUUUACCUCGUCAACCAUAUUCACUUCUUUACUGGUCACAAGCAGAGCUAGAUCGCUACUUGGAAGCUUCACAGAUUAGGGAGAGAGCAAUUGAAAGGACUAAUAAUGUUAUUGGAACAUACAAUGAUAUGAGGGUUAGAAUAUUUUCCAAAUACCCCGAUUUCUUCCCUGAAGAGGUGUUCAACAUCGAGUCCUUCAAAUGGUCGUUCGGCAUUCUUUUUUCGCGCAUGGUUCGGUUGCCCUCUAUGGAUGGAAAGAAUGCAUUGGUUCCUUGGGCAGAUAUGAUGAAUCAUAGUUGUGAGGUGGAGACUUUUUUGGAUUACGAUAAAUCGUCAAAGGGGAUUGUCUUUCCGACGGAUCGUCCCUAUCAACCAGGUGAGCAGGUGUUUAUUUCAUAUGGAAAAAAAUCAAACGGGGAGCUUCUGUUAUCAUAUGGAUUUGUUCCAAAGGAGGGCACAAAUCCAAGUGAUUCAGUUGAGUUGUCACUGUCACUAAAAAAAUCCGAUGAGUCCUAUAAGGAGAAGUUGGAAUUGUUGAAGAAAUAUGGAUUAUCAGGAUCUCAGUGUUUUCCUAUAAGGGUUACUGGUUGGCCAUUGGAGUUAAUGGCUUAUGCUUAUUUAGCUGUUAGUCCUUCAAGCAUGAGAGGAAAAUUUGAAGAGAUGGCUGCCGCCGCAUCAAAUAAAACUACCUCGAAAAAGGACUUGAGAUAUCCUGAAAUAGAGGAGCAAGCAUUGCAAUUUAUACUAGAUAGUUGUGAAUCUAGUAUCUCAAAAUACAACAAGUUCUUACAGGUAAGUGGAUCGCUAGAUUUGGAUGUGACUUCCCCGAAACAACUCAACAGAAGACUCUUUCUAAAACAGCUAGCCGUGGACUUGUGUAAUAGCGAGCGCAGGAUAUUGUUUCGUGCUCAAUAUAUAUUGCGAAGAAGACUGAGGGAUAUGAGGACUGGUGAAUUAAAAGGCUUGAAAAUCUUUAAUGGGUUCUGGAAUUUUUUCCAAUGAGGCCAUUCAUUAUUUUUUACCCUUGGUUGUUUUGGAAACAUCUAGCUCACACUCUGACAAAAUCAUAAACUUGUUCAAGUUCAUCAUUUCAUGUAAUUUGUAUUUGUUUCUGAUAGAAAUAGGUCAAGUCUUGAGCGAUAAAAUAGUCUGUAUGGAAAUUGAAAAGAAAAAUGAAAACAAGAAAAGAAAAGGCUGAGGAAUUAUUGCAUCUAAAGGAAUUUUCUGAUUCAUUUUGUA